CAACCAGUCAGAUUACUCCAGUUGGCAAAAAUGGCGUUACCCUACAAAUGGUGUGUGUGUAUGUUGCUCUGUAUAAGCCUAAUAUGUACUCUUGCAGCGAAUGAUGCUAAAGACAAAAAACCUAAAAAGAAAAAAGACAUUCGGGAUUACAACGAUGCAGAUAUGGCAAGGCUUUUGGAAGAAUGGGAGAAGGAUGAUGAGAUUGAGGAAGGAGAUCUGCCAGAACACAGAAGGACACCCCCACCGGUGGAUUUCUCAAAAGUAGACCCUUCAAAGCCAGAAGAGCUCCUUAAAAUGACAAAGAAAGGGAAGACCCUCAUGGUGUUUGCCACAGUGUCAGGAGACCCCACAGAGAAAGAGACAGAGGAGAUCACCAGUUUGUGGCAAGGGAGCCUGUUCAAUGCCAACUAUGAUGUUCAGAGGUUUGUGGUCGGCUCAAACCGUGCCAUCUUCAUGCUCCGUGAUGGGAGCUAUGCCUGGGAGAUCAAGGACUUCCUGGUAGGACAGGACCGCUGCUCUGAUGUUACUGUGGAGGGUCAGGUGUUCCCUGGGAAGGCAGCAAAGAAGGACAGCCAGGACCAGAAUGAAACCACCCAGAAGAAGAAGAAGAAGAGUAAAAACGGGGACACGAAAUCGAACAAAGCAAGCAGUAAAAACCGACAGGAACUGUGAGCGACUGAAUUCACCAGUUUGGUCACAAUGAAUCCCCUGAGAAGAGUUCAGAGUUACUGAAAUAAAUAAUUAUUUCAGAUAUUCCUCUAUUAAAUAAUACUCAGUUCAAUCAGGACAAAUGAGAAUAUUUGAGAGGAUGGUUGUACUGUAAUGGUUAAAGUUUCUAUUUCUUUAAUCACAACACACGGGGUUACAGUGUUAAAGUUUACUUUAAGAUUUAUCUCUUUUAUUGUUUCAAACAAUUUUCUUAAUGAUUAACCAUUUGUGCCACUGGCUGGACUGUGUCAAUGAGUUUGCAUACAUUUUAUUUGUAGAUUAAGGCACGAACGGCAUAAAAUUGAAUGAAAGUCUCUUUUGAAAUUAGCAUUAUAUUGAUGAUCAUUCUUACUUUGAAAAUAUUUGCCUUUUACAAUUGACUAUAAUUUUUUUGCAUUUAUUACAUCACAGCCACAUAGAAAAUAUUGAAAUUAAUGUGACAUCAUUGUUCAUAAUUUAUAAAGUGUCAUGGAUUUGUAAAAUGAGAUAAUCAUUCAGAGCUUCAACAUGCCAGAUUUAGGUGGUAUAAUGAAUGUGUAUUGAUACACCCAUCCUUAGUAUUGCGAACGGUACAGCUGACGUCCAAUUAUGGAAUAAACCUUUUUCUAAAAAACAAAAA